AACGCGUCGGCCGAAACAGCAUUAGCUUGUGACCAACAUGACCGAGGACACGACAGAUCAUGAAAAUUCUAACGAUUCCCCGCCAAAAGUCGUAGAAGGAUGCCGGAUGCCAGUUCGGAUGAGAAACACCAACGACUGGCCACUGGCAGAAAUAUUAAGUAUAAAAGAUCUAGGUGACGGCCAGUUCCUGUACUACAUCCACUUCAUUGAUUACAACAAGCGACUCGACGAAUGGGUUACGGCCGACAGACUAGACCUGAAGAAGAUCCAACAACCCCGGAAGGAGAACAAGACACCCUUGAAAGAUGUCCGCAAUGGAUCCCGGCCCUGUUCGCCAGACCCCGCCCUGCUCCUGGCAGGAAGUUCCGACAGCUGGUCCCAGCAGAAGUCGCCUGCGGAUGCAAAAGGAGCGCUCAAGGAGACACCGGCAGUGGUCACCGUCACGGAGACCUGGGCGGAAAAAUCGCCAGGUGAUGCCUCUACGAGAGAGAAUUCUGGAGCAGACGUAUGGAGCAGCCAAAAGUCUAGGACACCCGAAGUGAGGGAAGCCAUCAAGGAGGUGUCAGUCCCGUCGCCAGCAAAAAAUGGCGCCCCUCCGAAAAAGGUUGCUGGGAGGAAACGGAAGUUUCCGGCUGCGGACGAGCAGGACUCCCAGGACUCAGUUCCCUGCCCUCGACCCACUGGGAGCAUGGUGGCGCACCACGACGACAUUGUCACGCGGAUGAAGAACAUCGAGAUGAUAGAGCUCGGACACAAUCGGAUCCGCCCGUGGUACUUCUCUCCGUACCCACAGGAGCUAGUCAAUUCUUGUAUUUAUCUCUGCGAAUUCUGCCUAAAGUUUACAAAGUCACGGACGUGCCUCGGGAGACAUCUGAGAAAAUGCAACGUGAGGCAUCCUCCCGGCAACGAGAUCUAUCGCAAAGGGACGUAUUCCUUCUUUGAAAUCGACGGCCGAAAAAACAAGAUCUAUGCUCAAAACUUGUGCCUGCUGGCCAAGUGCUUCUUGGAUCACAAGACGCUGUACUAUGACACAGACCCGUUUCUUUUCUACGUCAUGACCGAGGUCGACAUCAGGGGGUACCACCUCGUUGGGUACUUUUCAAAGGAAAAAGAAUCGACGGAAGACUACAAUGUUGCCUGCAUUCUAACCCUGCCACCGUUUCAGCGGAAGGGCUUCGGAAAACUUCUAAUAGAAUUCAGUUAUGAGCUGUCGAAAUUUGAGGGCAAAACGGGUUCCCCCGAGAAGCCCCUGUCCGAUUUGGGCCUCCUCUCCUACCGGUCGUACUGGUCAGAGACCAUCUUGGAGAUCAUGAUCAACAUGGCUCCCACAGAACCCGGGGAAAAGCCUCAGAUCACCAUCCACGAAAUCAGCGAACUGACGAGCAUCAAGAAGGAGGACGUGAUCUCGACGUUACAGUACUUGAACCUCAUCAACUACUACAAGGGCCAGUACAUCAUCACCCUGACGAGGGAAGUGGUAGAGGCGUACGAGCGGGCGGCGCGCAAGCGACCCAUCCGCAUCGAUCCCAAGUGCCUCCAUUGGACACCCAAGGACUGGUCCAAGCGGGGAAAGUGACACACUCAAGAAUACGAUUCUUCUGUGCUUUCUGCGUUUUCGGCCCAGCCCCUUCCGCCGCGCUGGAUCCCUUCCCGGUUUGGACCACGGAACACUUGUUUGGACCGCCUGGACACCAUCCGACUUCGGAGCUCUACUAGGUCUAUUGACGUCUCUUUAAGAAGUAGAUUUCCCGUCUUGCGCGUAAUACUGCUGUUAUGAGCACAAAUACAAAAAAAAAAACGGAAAAAUAUUGGAAAAGGUAAAAAGAAGAGCCGCGUUUUGUUUAGUCAGCGGACUACCGCUCAUUAGACGACUACUUAUUAUUACCUACUAGACGGCAUAGCAUAAAGCUUCACUAUGUGGUGCGCAUGCUUGUCAAAGAUCAUCUCGGCUCAAGAAUGUGGCUACUUCCGCCGCGGAUUCCUUGAUGUUGUAGAAGUAGAAGAUUGAAGAUACAGAAAUGUACCAUACGUAAAGCCCCCAGGUUUCUGCGGUGGAAGAUGAACAUUUCCGUGAAGUUGGAUCAUCAAGGUGAAAAACCGGGCGUGUUGGUGUUGAUCUUGCAUGACGAACUAGGAACUUGGAACUAGGUACUUGGAUCUACGAAUCUGCGGGAUUCCGCGGGUUAGAGAAUGCAAACAAAAAAUGCUGCAGUAUUCUCCCAAGAUUGCCUGCCGACUGGUCUCGUGCGCUUUUCCAGCCUUACGUAACUUUUCAGUGUGCAAAAGAAAAUUAGACUCAACUCUGACAAUUUCUCUCCGGGCAUUCCUGCUGUAAAAUUUCCCUCCGCCGCGGCACGAUCAGCCGUGUAAGUGUCGGCAGUGUUGGUCACGUCAGGCAUUGCAGUUGCGACCGAUCGGGUUUAACUCACGAAAAUGUCGCAGGUCGAUUGGAAUUCUUGCAUAAAUCUGCAGCAUAUCGAAUGUUCGGCGAAAAACACACAAUCGUGAGGGGAACAGCAGGUUCCGUGAGACAUGGCCAACUUCACGAAAUAAAUUUCGCGGAACCUGCGGAAAGCUAGGGGCUGUAACCACAUGCCAUACCGAGCCGGUUGGUGAUCCAUCGCAAGUCCAGGGAACAUCCGGUGUCGAACGUCUAAAAACCGCACACACAGACACAAUACGAGCCACUUUGGUAUUGAGGUCCUCAUUUCUGCAUUUCACGGCGUUUAAUUUCCCUCCAAAGGUCAAGAUCGGCACAAGGUGUCAUUUUCUCCUUUAGUCCGAGCGGUUAAAAAAUGGCAAAUAUGUAUGCCAUUCGAAAUCCUCAGCUCAGGUACUUUUUCAAGAGCCACCGCAAACGAGGUUCCCGCUACUUGAGAGCCGCAACAAACCCAAAGAUAACGACAAUGUGGCUGCUCCUCCGCGGCAACUUUAGUUGAAAAGCUGUUGUCCGUUUGAUGCUGCGGGUGGUGGAUUUUCAGCAGCCAUGUCAUGUGUGGUGAUGCGAGCAAUUUGUCGCUAAUAUUAAAGGAGCAAAUGUCAGAAUUUGACUGUUGCAGCGUGCAUGAAAACUGUACGUUAUGAGGCGAAACAACAGUUUUCGCCGUUAGGUAUUUCGGAACGGCUUCUUCCGCGACACCGCGGGAUUCCACGUAGUACAAUGUGAUGCUUUGACGUGUUUUUUUCUCUCUCUCUCUUUUGGCAGCUAACAACCUCCGGUACUUAAACGUCGUAGGGCAUAGGUCGUCUACGGACGUGUUCUAUUUUUAUUCCUGUGCAUAAAAAAAAUUUUAAAAAAAAGAACUUGCUUUAUAUUUAGUAUGCAAUAGCCUUGCCUUCUGGAAACCCUCAAGGUACAACAGCGUUAGAAAGAAUACUCUAAUCUAAUCGUAGUGGCGACUCUUUCUUCGAGCUUCCCUGCGUGGCCGAUUUUGUUUCUCCCUUCCCCUUUGUUAUUGUAGUGCACGAGGAGAUGUUAGUUAGUUCAAUACAAAGCCAACUCCUCCUGGCAAACACGACAUACCGUAAUUUCACGAGUUUAGGUCAAAGAACUGCCGCCAUUGAUCAGGUCGGGAAAAUACUUGCUCCAUAAACAUCAGAUUAUGUGUAGGGCCUGACUUUCUCGGGUUUUAUUUUUGCCCAAAUUCUGAGGGGUUAAUAUCGAUUGAUAAUUUUCAUUUGAAAAUUCGGGUGUAUUCGGGUUAAAUCCCGUUAUGGCAGAUUCUGCCGUCAGGAAUUCGGGUGAUUUUUUUUUUUUGUUCAAUAAAAAUUUGUCUUAACAUGGAACUAAUGUUUAGCAAUGUUAUCAAACUUUAUUGUAAUGCACGCUUAUGAGUGUGCCACGCGACCCGGAUGUGUUUGGGUAGAUUCGGGUUAAACCCGAAUUUUACAGAUUUCGUUCGGGAGGGUAAAUAUCGGGCGGAUACGGGUUUAACCCUAAAAAGUCAGGCCCUAAUUAUGUGGUGUGUAUGUCAAUUGGUUUUAUUAGAAAUAUCGAUUUACUUUAACUAUAUUAUGUCAACAUCGAUAUCUUGUUUGGGGCUACAGAAAGCGACGUUACACUUUGUGCCACACUUUUUAGUUACAUUGAGUCACUGCGUAUUCGAUUCUGCGGAGGGGUGCCGCGUUGUGUGGCCUCAUGAGCCGUGCCCAGUGAGAGCAUGUUGAGCCUGUCAUGCUGCAAAACCAUGAAAAAAAAACAAAAGAAAACGAUGUACAAAAAAUGCGUGAUUAUUUUAGGCGCAGCAAAGUCGAUCUAAAAGACUCAGGAGCAAAGCUUUGAUUCUCGUUUGUGAAAUUGCGGCAAUCCAACACAUUCCAGGCAUUCGUGCCAUCUCAUGUCGUCUGCUACUUCUAAGUUCUGCAACGUCAAAACUCUCUUGCUAAAUGUCAGCAUCACUUUGUAACUCAACUGCAAAGUACAAAGCAGCAAAAUCACGCAAAACUGUCACUUAUUUUGUUCUGUGCCAACAGGUUAUCUGCAUUGCUAACGUGCAAGGACUUUUGGUUGUGUCGUCGUCUGUUUUCACAUCUCUGUGUCUUGUCAUCAUCAUCUGUGUCUCGCAGCAUGGUGUUUGGUGUGUGUGUAUACUUUGACCAAAGAAGGAACCAUGUAAAUAAUCUCGCACAUCUUCCAUUGUGAACGUGUAUGUAUUGUAAAUUUGGGUGUAUAUAUGGUUUUUGUAUGCUCCGAGCAAUGUGAUAGGGUAAUAAAAUUUUGUAAAUAAGGA